CUCUGGGGGCUGUAGGGGGCGUCUACUAUCCCUCUUUCCUGGUUUUGGUGGGGAGAGACGUGGGAGACAAAUCCAUCUGUAUGCAGUUCACAGCGCUUCCGUCGGUCGGAGUAUCCUGCCGUUUUCUUCAGAAACUUGGAAUUUGGAAACUGUACGCGAUGGACGAAUGCUAAAAGCGCCUCAUGCCCCCUCCGUUUUGUUUCUUUUCCUUUAUAUUCUCCUUUCCUUAAAGGCGUUUCAAACGUCUUUGUCUCAGGAAACUAGCGCUUUACAGAAACAACGUCUUGAGAAGCAUCAUCAUGAGCGUACUGCCCCCUGUACGGAAAGACCGCAUAAUUGGCCAGCUUCCUAAGUGCUUCAGCAAAGGUGCUGCUUUGAACACAGAGGAUGAAUUUCACAGCAAGGUGAAGACGGCCUGUCAGCAGCAGAGGACAGGAACUGUGGGUAGGUUUAAGAUCUCCAAGGUCAUUGUAGUGGGUGAUCUGGCGGUGGGGAAAACCUGUUUGAUUAAUAGAUUUUGUAAAGAUGUCUUUGACAAAAAUUACAAGGCCACCAUUGGUGUGGACUUUGAAAUGGAGAGGUUUGAAGUUCUUGGGGUCCCUUUCAGUUUACAACUGUGGGACACUGCAGGACAGGAGAGAUUUAAAUGCAUUGCCUCUACAUACUACAGAGGAGCCCAGGCCGUAAUCAUUGUGUUUGAUUUGACUGAUGUGGCUUCACUGGAGCAUACAAGGCAAUGGCUGGAGGACGCAAUGAAAGAGAAUGAUCCUACCAGUGUAUUACUCUUCUUAAUUGGCACAAAGAAAGAUCUGAGUUCUCCUGCACAGUAUGCACUAAUUGAGCAGGACGCCAUUAAACUGGCAGAUCAGAUGAAAGCAGAGUACUGGGCUGUGUCCUCCUUGUCUGGGGAGAAUGUGAGAGAGUUUUUCUUCAGAGUGGCAUCUUUAACAUUUGAGGCCAAUGUACUGGCAGAACUGGAGAAAAGUGGAUCCAGACGUAUUGGGGAAGUUGUUCAAAUCAACAGCAACUCAAAUAACCUGUAUGCAACUUCCAAGAAGAAACAGACCAACUGUUGUCAGUAAAAACUGGCCUUGUAAAAAUGCAAACAUUUGCACCAACAUAUAAUGGUACCAAAGCAAAACAUACACACAAAU